AUGGGACCCUCACACCAGCCCCCUGGUGCCUGCAAGCUGCUGGUUCUGCUGCUCUUGCCUUGGGUAAGUGUGCAAGCAACACAUCCCGACUGCUCCGUCAUUCUCUGUUUCCAAGAUCAAGAGGCUGAAUGUCUGAGGGUUAUCAAGAGUGAAAGCCAAACCCUAGGCUCCCCGGAGCACCCUGGGCAGCAAGGCUGCCUGACAGAGUGGGAUGGAGUGAGCUGCUGGUUGGCUGUGCCUGUUGGCCAGUCCCAUGCUGUUGCCUGCCCUGACAUCCACCACGUCUUCAAGAAGUCCAAAGCUCUGAUCCGAAGGAACUGUACAGAGUCAGGAUGGAGCUUUCCCAGCCCCCCCUACUACAAUGCCUGUGAGCUGGAGAUUGUCAGCAGCAAUGACACGGAGGCCAAGAAAAGCUACUUUGUCACCAUGAAGGUACUUUACACCUGCGGCUACUCCACAUCCCUCGCAGCCCUGCUCCUGGCCAUUGGUAUCUUCUCAUGCUUCAGAAAGCUGCAUUGCACCAGGAACUCCAUCCACAUCCACUUCUUCACCUCCUUCAUACUGCGUGGGGCUGCUGUGUUCAUCAAAGACUCCAUCCUCUUCUCGGAUGAGUCUAUCGACCACUGCACAAUGUCAACGAUGAACUGCAAAGCAGCCAUCACCUUCUUCCAGUACUCGGUCCUGGCCAACUUCUACUGGCUGCUGGUGGAGGGGAUGUACCUGCAGACCCUGCUGCUAUUCACCUUCACCUCCGACAAGAGGUACAUCUGGUGGUACAUCCUCAUUGGCUGGGGUGUCCCCAUGCUGACAGUGUGUGUGUGGGUCAUCACCAGACUUCAGUAUGACAACCAUGGGUGCUGGGAUGACUAUGCUAGCCUGUACUGGUGGGUGAUCAAGGCUCCCAUUCUCCUGGCCAUAUUUGUGAACUUCCUCAUCUUCCUCAAUGUCACCAGGAUCUUAGCACAGAAGAUCCGAUCUCCAGACAUCAGCAAAAACUACAAGCAGCAGUACAUGAGGCUCACAAAGUCCACGCUGCUCCUCAUCCCUCUCUUCGGGGUGCACUACGUGGUGUUCGCGCUCUUCCCUGAACACGUUGGUGUGGAUGCCCGGCUGUACUUCGAGCUGGUCCUCGGCUCCUAUCAGGGCUUCCUGGUGGCUCUGCUGUACUGUUUCCUCAACGGAGAGGUCCAGGCUGAGAUCAAGAGGAACUGGGGCAAGUGGCAGUCCAUGGAAAGCAAUGUCUUCAACCUGGUGACGCAAGAUUUCACAGCGUGA